UUCUCUUUACUGCCCCCCUUCACCCCUCACUUCGUUCUGGUAAGGAAACAGGUACAGGGGCGGACUGACCAUUUGGAAACUCUGGCACUGCCCGAGGGCCGGGGGUCAGUAGGGGGCCCCAUGAGAUGCCCUUGGUACAUUUUUCAUAGGCUUUUUUGAGUUUGGGCAAGGACAAAGGGGCCCCAUGAUCCCCUAUUGCCCGGCCCGGGGUCAGUAGGGGGCCCCAUGAGAUGCCCCUGGUACCUUUUUCAUAGGCUUUUUUGAGUUUGGGCAAGGACACAGGGGCCCCAU